UCGGGUCUUUCCUGUUCUGGACUACAUUUCCCAGAAGCCUCCGGGUGUAACGUCACUUCCUUCUGGGUUGUCAGCGCUGUCGUGCUGGGACGAGUCGGGCAGCGCGGCGCGGAAGGAGCGUGGCCUGCUGCUUUCUAUCGCGACAGCCAGGAGCGGGCUGGACGCGGGGAAGCGGAGGAGAGCAAAGGAGGAGCAGCUGUUGGACAACUGAGAGUUUUAUCCAGGUGAUCUGGUGCUUGGGCCUUGCUGUUCCCAAGAAUGAUGGGAGCAGAAGGAAUGGACCCAAAGACGCUCUUCCACUCCAUCGCUGCCCUUUUGACCUGAGGACUCUGCACUUCUCCACGAGAAGAAGCCGGAGGAAGACUCAAAAGUUGGAGUUCUAAGCCAUGCCCCAUAGGUUGGUGUUGUUCAGGGACGUGGCUGUGGACUUCUCUCAGGAGGAGUGGGCGUGCCUGGACUCGGAACAGAAGGAUCUGUACAGAGAUGUGAUGCUGGAGAACUACAGCAACCUGGUCUCACUCGCAGGAUUUUCCAGUUCUAAGGCAGACGUGCUGUCCUUAUUGGAGCAAGGGAAAGAGCCCUGGAAGGUUGUGCAGGAUGUGGCAAGAAGUCAGAGCUCAGACUUAGGAUCCAGGUGUAAGAGCAAGAACCUCUCAUCAAAAAGAGAAAUUUAUGAAAUAGAAUCAUCUCAAUGGGAAAUAAUAGAACAACUUGCAAGCCAUAAGCAUGAGUGUAAAAGUUUUCAAGAUGAUAGGGAAUGCAAAGACCAGUUUGAAAGCCAAUUAGGAAAUAAAGAGGAACUUCUCAGGCAAUUAGUCAUCACUUAUGAAGAAAUUCCCAAUUUUAGCCAGACCGAUACAUCCCUUACAUUAAAACAGAGAAUUCAUUCUAUUGAGAAAUCCUAUGAAUGUAAAGCAUGUAGAAAAUACUUCAUCCAUGGCUUUCAAUUGACUGAACAUCAGAAAAUUCAUUCUGAUGAAAAGUUCUAUGAAUGUAAAGUAUGUGGAAAGGCCUUUAUUCGAGGCUCACAACUUACUUACCAUCAGAGAGUUCAUGUUGCUAAGAAACCAUAUGAAUGUAAGGAAUGUGGAAAAGCCUUUAUUUGUGCCUCGCAACUUACUUAUCAUCAAAGAAUUCAUACAGGGGAAAAGCCUUAUGAAUGUAGAGAGUGUGGGAAGGCCUUUAUUCGUGGCUCUCAUCUUACCCAGCAUCAAAGAAUUCAUACUGGUGAAAGAUCAUAUGAAUGUUAUGAAUGUGGGAAGGCCUUUUUUCGUGGCUCUCAACUUACUUACCAUCAGAGAGUUCAUACCUCAGAGAAACCCUAUCAAUGUAAGGAAUGUGGAAAGGCCUUUAUUCGUGGCUCCCAACUUACUGAGCAUCAGAGAAUCCAUACUGGUGAGAAACCCUACGAAUGUAAGAAAUGUGGGAAAGCCUUUAGUUAUGGCUCACAGCUUACUCUACAUAAUAGACUUCAUACUGGUGAAAAACCCUAUAAAUGUAAAGAUUGUGAGAUGGCCUUUAUUCGUGGCUCACAACUUACGGAACAUCAGAGGAUCCAUACAGGUAGGAAACCACAUGAAUGUAAGCAAUGUGGAAAGGCCUUUAACUAUGGCUCACAGCUUCUUCGACAUCAGAGGAUUCAUACUGGUGAGAAACCCUAUGAAUGUCAAGAAUGUGGGAAAUCAUUUAUUCGUGGCUCACAACUUACUGAACAUGAAAAAAUUCACACUGGUGAAAAACCCUUCGAAUGUAAGGAAUGUGGGAAAGCUUUUAUUCGUGGCUCACAUCUUACUCAGCACCAGAGGAUUCAUACUGGUGAAAAACCCUAUGAAUGUAAAGAGUGUGGUAAGGCCUUUAUUUAUGGCUCGCAGUUGACUCAACAUCAAAGAAUUCAUACAGGUGAGAAUCCCUAUGAAUGUAAGCAGUGUGGGAAGAUCUUUAUUUGUGCCUCACAACUUACUCUACAUCAGAUUUUUCAUACUGGUAAGAAAGCAUAUGAAUGUGAGGAAUGUGGUAAGGCUUUUAUUCGUGGCUCACAGCUAAUUUACCAUAAGAGAGUUCAUACUGGCGAGAAGCCCUAUGAAUGUAAUGAAUGUGGGAAAGCAUUUAUUCGUGGUUCACAUCUUACUCAGCACCAGAGAAUUCAUACUGGUGAGAAACCAUACAAAUGUAAUGACUGUGGGAAGGCCUUUAAUCGUGGCUCACAACUUACUCAACAUCAGAGAAUUCAUUCUGGUGAGAAGCCUUAUAAAUGUAAUGAAUGUGGUAAGGACUUUAGACGUCAUUCACACCUUAUGCAACAUCAUAAACUUCAUAAUGGAGAAAAGCUGCACCAAAAUCUUAAUUUAGUAAAUCCUCUACCUGUCUGCCCAUGACAUUCAGCUUUGGAAUAUUAGACACUUCAGGUUGUGAAUGUGGGAAUCCUUUUUUAAUUUUCAUUCAUAAGUAAUUCACUUUCAGAGAAUUCACAGUAAGAAAGGCUAGAUUAAUAUAAAUGCAGAAUUACCUUUCAUCUUAUUUCAAUCUUUGUUAGACAUAAGUGAAUUCAUUACAAGAGCACAACCCUAAAAUGUAGGGUUCUCUUGUUCAGCAUCAUUCUCUUGUCCAGCAUCACCUGAGCUCCACCAUUUACUGUGUGCGUGUGUUCCUUUGGGGAAGUUUCUUAACCUCUGUGUGCUUUAGUUUACUCAUUUAUAAAACAUUAAUAUCAUAUAUCUCAUCUUAGUGUUCUGCAAUUUAAAGGAGUAAAUACAGUUAAAGCCUUAAAGCAAUGUGUAAUACAUUGUUUAUGCUUAAUAAAUGUUAGCUAUUAUUGUAAACAUUUUUAUUUGGUACUUUAAACACAUACUAUUACAAAAUUCAAAUGAGAGGGAGAUUUAAAAAAUAACAAUACAUAAGGUAAUCUUUUUGUCACUUUUACUAAGCAUCAGAUAAACCAUUUUGGAACAAAAGUGUCUAAUAUAAUUAAUGUGAGGUUAUACCUUGUUCUAAAUCAUAAAAUUCUUACCAGAAGGGAACCCUAAGGAAAAAAGUAUUUGGCUGUUACAAAUAAAGUUGCUUAUGAACAUUUGUCUAUAGGUUUUUGUGUGAAAGUAAAUUUUCAUUUCUCUGGUAUAAAUUCCUAGCAGUGCAGUUUCUGACUCUUAUAAUAAAUGUAUGUUUUCUCUUAUAAAAAAUGGACAAAUUAUUUUUUCAAAGUGGCUUUACCAUUUUACAUUCCCACCAGGAACAUGUGAAUGACCCAGUUCCUCUGCAUCUAGCAUUUGGUUGUUGUCACCACUUUUUAUCUUAGCCAUUCUGAUCGGUGUGUGGUGAUGUCUCUUUGUGGUUUUAAUUUGCAUUUCCCUAAUGGCUAAUGAUACUGAACACCUUUUCAUGUGCUUAUUUGCCAUCUGUAUAUCCAUCUUGGUGAAAUGCCUUUCCGUAUCUUUUACUCAUUUUUGAACUGUAGAGGCAUACCUUAGAGAUAUUGCAGGUUUGGUUCCAGACCACUGCAGUAAAGCAAAUAUUGCAAUGAAGCAAGUCACGUGAAUUCUGGGGUUUCCCGGUGCAUACAAAAGUUAUGUUUAGGGGCCUGCCUGGUGGUGCAGUAGUUAAGUUCAUGUGCUUCUCUUCAGCA